AUGGCCGACAUCAGACGCCGAAUUCGGCGUAUUCGUAACCGUAUCGCUGGUUUGCCGAUUCCGCGAGUUUUCCAGGACCGAACCAACCCGCUGGAAGUGAUGUCAGAAAUUGAGGUAUUCAACCGGUACAGAUUCCGGCCACACUCUAUCAUACAGCUUGUUGACAGGGCUUACCAAUCAAUGGUCCGGCCGACGAGUCGGUCAAAUCCACUCCCGCCACUUCUAAGUGUGCUUGUCACACUGCAGUUUUUGGCCACCGGCACCCACUAUAUAGUAGUGGGUGCUGUCCAUGGGAUUUCACCUUCUUCAGUAUGCCGGGCGGUGAAAGGUGUCAUCAAGGUGUUCGCCGAGAUCGGUAGCAGGACCAUAGGAUUUAGAUCGGAUGUGGCAGCAUACAAAGCAGAAUUUUAUCGAAUAGCAGCGUUCCCGAAUGUUGUCGACGGGGCACAUAUCAGGGUUCAGGCUCCGCGGGAAUAUGAAGGGGAUUAUGUUAAUCGGAAAGGGUACCACUCUAUCAAUGUUCAAGUAGGUAGUUAG